GGAGAGUUGAGCUGGGUGGCCGAGGGCUAUCGGCAGCCCCUCGCUGUCCCCAACUGCUUAGAGAGGGUUAGCUGGGGUCUUUAUUCGCCUCCGGCAACCUUCGCGCGCCCGCCCCUUGUCACCGAGCCGCUUCGGGAACCUGGAUGCAGGCCACCAAAUCGUUUUCUUACUAUCGGCCCUCCCCCUGCCCGCAGACCCCCGCUUUCCGGGCCCUUUUCCCUCGCAGGUCUUGGACGUGGAGGAGCGCCUGGCAUGACAGGGGCUGUGCCUCGGAAUUUCUCUCGGCACCCAGAGAAGUGUGUUACACGCAGCAGGCGCUCAGUGAUGGUAUCGGUGUCAGUAAAAGAGCCCACGGCUUUAUUUUAUUAACUGCUUCAGCUUCUCCCCUCUUCUCCACCUCCACCCACGAAAUGGUGCGCUCUCCCUUUAAGACUAAAAUGGUGGCUUGCAGCGAUCAGGACUCCACUUCCGGUGGGGAGGGGGGCGGGACCCCAGCCCGCUCACGCCGGAAGUGGUUUGCGUUUUCAAGAUGGCGACUCCCUAUGUAACUGACGAGACCGGCGGUUGUCAACCUACCACUGGCACUUAUGGCAAGUACAUCGCCUCAACACAGCGACCCGACGGGACCUGGCGCAAGCAGCGGAGGGUCAAAGAAGGCUACGUGCCCCAGGAGGAGGUCCCAGUCUAUGAAAACAAGUAUGUCAAGUUUUUCAAGAGUAAACCAGACCUGCCCCCGGGGCUGAGCCCUGAGGCCACUGCUCCUGCCACCCCGUCCAGGCCUGAAGGUGGUGAGCCAGGCCUCUCUAAGACAGCCAAACGCAACCUGAAGCGGAAGGAGAAGAGGCGGCAGCAGCAAGAAAAAGGAGAUGCAGAGGCCUUGAGCCGGACUCUUGAGAAGGUGUCUUUGGGAGACACAGCCCGACCCGCCAGUGCUCCACAGGGCUCCCAGGCAGCCCCCACAGCUGCCUCUGAGCAGCCUGACCCAGCUGCCACCACCGAGAAAGCCAAGAAGAUAAAGAACCUAAAGAAGAAGCUCCGUCAGGUAGAGGAGCUGCAGCAGCGAAUCCAGGCUGGGGAGGUCAGCCAGCCCAGCAGAGAGCAGCUGGAGAAGCUGGCGAGGAGGAGGGCGCUGGAGGAGGAGCUGGAGGACUUGGAGCUCGGCCUGUGAGGCCUCUGGGGAGUGGAAACGGACUGCACAACAAACCAUGGGGCUCUGUGGGGUCCAGGGAAAUGCGGGCGGCAGCAGGCAGGAGGGGUGCCCCCCGUCCUGGCUCACUGCCGCCUGUCCCCCAGGACCUAGCCUCUCCCUCAUUCCUUCCCCUGUCUUCCCAAUUCCUGGUUUUUGGACUUUUCCCCCGCCCGUUCCCAGUGUUCCAGACCUCAGUGACUACCCCCAGAUACCUCUGCUGCUGAUUCGGGUGUCUUGUUUAAAAGAAAAUUGGGUGGGUGGGCGUCUGUCCGAGAACUGAGGUUGUGGGUAGAGGGAGUAUGCCCAAAUCUCCGAGUCCUGAUUCCUGUUCAAGGUGUUUAUGGAUUAUUGCCCCCUCCAUCCCUCACCUCUUUUUUGUUUUGUUUUGUUUUUUUUUAAAGAACAAGAA